AUGGCUGGACAAGAAGCGCAUGUUUAUAAGUAUGCCGAUCGACCGGAACUCUUUUAUCAGUGUCAAAUGACGAUAAGCAUCAAAGAGCCAAAUAGUGAGUGUAUUCGACCGGAAUGUGCUGAACCACAAGGUUUUGGAGCUACUAAAACAGGGUCCGGACAGCGAUCGCAAAGAAAACAGCGUGACAUAAGCGCUUGGCAUGAUCCAACUAAUACAUUGGAUGUUAGAACCGAAUUAAGUACUUUAGAGAUUAUGGACGGAAUGGAUAACGAUGUAUUGCAAAAUUUAAAACAAAAUAAAAAUGAAUUAAUGGAUAUAUCAUCGGUACGUCUUGAAUUUAUUCCGCCAGAUUUAUGCUUCUCAAGUGGUGCAUUUGCUGUAAUUAUUGUUAUGUUUGGAACAUUAUUAUGUGCUAUUUUCAUCAUUGUUAUUUUCUUUUGCCGACCAAAAAAAUCAAAAUUAUGA